ACCGGAGGCCCUCGCUCUUCCAGUACUCACGCCCCAGCUACAGAGGUCAAGAAGGGUUUUCACAGAAGCUGUAUCGGUUUCAGCCGGCGCCGUCUCCCAUGAAAGUCCCUAGAGGAGCCCAGCCUUGUCUGCCUGCCACCCCCGGGCGGGAUGGUUGAGGCCGGGGCCACGCCCCCUCCGCAGCCCGCCGAACGCAUCCUCGGCUUUCUCCCACCGCUUUUCCAGCCCGGUUGCACCUUGGCGAUCUCCGACUCCCUUCUUCAUGGCGUCGCUCCUGUGCUGUGGGCCGAAGCUGGCCGCCUGCGGCAUCGUCCUCAGCGCCUGGGGAGUGAUCAUGUUGAUAAUGCUCGGAAUAUUUUUCAAUGUCCAUUCCGCUGUGUUGAUUGAGGACGUUCCCUUCACGGAGAAAGAUUUUGAGAAUGGCCCCCAGAACAUAUACAACCUUUAUGAGCAAGUCAGCUACAACUGUUUCAUCGCCGCGGGCCUCUACCUCCUCCUCGGGGGCUUCUCUUUCUGCCAAGUUCGGCUCAACAAGCGCAAGGAAUACAUGGUGCGCUAGAGCCCGGGAGCGUUUCCCAGCUCCAGCUCCUCCUCUAUUUAAACACUCCCUGCACCACGUGACCCCGGCCGCGUCCCACCCUUGCCGGCGCCCUCUGCGGGACUGGGUUUCCUGAGCGAGACUGAAUCCCGUCUUCUCCCAUCCCUGGCAUCGGCCCCCUUAGAGAGGGCUGGGGCUGGGGGGGCUGUUCCCUCUUUCCACCCUUCUCUGCGUCCCGAAUCUCAAUAAAGAGAAUCCGCUCUCUU